UCUUUUCUCAUAGUACAAGCGUCAAUGCAACAUGUCCCUUCAACACCAACCAUGCCAAACCAUUGUCCAGUUACUAAUGAAGCUAAAGUCCCUGAAGGAAUUGCAAUGAAUCAAUCAUCAAACUCUGAAAGAUAUGUACAACUUGACUCUUUGAAAGGAAAUAAAGCUGAUAUCACAGAUGACAGGAAAACUUUCACAAAUAAUCAUGAUGUAAAUGUAAACUGUGAUGGUCAAGAUAGGGAGGAGUCUAGUGAUUUUGGCAUGUUAGAGAAGAGUCUUUCAUCUAUGAAGAAAUUCAAUGCAAAAUAUUCAGUACUGAACCCCAGUAUUUCUCCACAUGAGUUAAAUCCAAUGGUAUCCUCUAAAGAUCCAGAAGGGUGCUUACUAACAUCAUAUUUACCAACAAAUGAUACAGAAUAUGCAACUGAAUCACUACCUGUACAAGACUGCAAAGGUGCAACAUCUCAUAAAGAGGCAGGAGAUCAAGAAAGACMUACAAUUGGUAYGGCAUUACCAAACCCACAGUAUCAUCAGUCUACUGGACUACCUGUAACACCUUUGUCAGUGACAAACACUCAAGAGCCCAUUAAUUCACUGUAUAGUSUGUCCAACAACAUAGCUAUAGGUAAUGCAUUGGUGAACAAUGGAACAGUUUCUUGUCUAUCAAAUCCACAAGGCUGUACAGCAUCUAUUCCAGGCUCUUCACUCCCAGCCAUGUUGGGUUAUUCACAUGUUUAUGACAGUAAUGGUAUUCCAUGUAUGUUGAUAAUGUCAGGUACAUUUAAUACUGCAAUAACUGUUCCAAUAUAUGGCAGUUUAUGUCCAUUUUACAUCGAUCCAAGGCAACAUCUUGGUUUAACAGCACAAUUAGGAACUCAUUAUGCUAGUAAUACAGAACAAUCCAGCAUCCAAAAUCAAACUUGGCCCAGUACUUUGAUKUGCCCAUCAAAUACAUCUUGUUUGAAUAGUAAAAUGAGGACUGUAUCAAUGCUUAGCUUUCCAAGUCCAAUCCAAUCUCAUCCAAGUACAGGGAGUGCAGCCACASCUCAGGCUGUGACUACUWAUGACAAACACAUUUUCAAGACACCAAAAAAAAUGAUUACACAUAAUGAUAUUCCAGCUCAGAAGACUUCCUUGGCUCAGCCUAARAACUCAACAGUAAUUCGUGUCUCCCCUCGUUACUCAGAGACAAAGGGGCACUGUUCUCCGAUAGUGUUAGUAUCUAAGAAUGUUGCUCCUCUACAGCCUAUCAGGGGCAAYGUACAACAGUAUGUCAUUACACAGGGUCAUGAUAAGCAUCUUCCAAAGAAUCAUCAGGCCCAAGUAGGCAAAAAAAGUGAAAAUCAACCAAUUUAUCUCAAAGGUACCCCACCACAAGGCUACAGAAGACGAUUAUUGGCUUCUGGAAAAUCAAAGCACACCAGAUCAAAGAAGAUUGCUAGAAAAGGCACAGUUUCCAAGUGUACAUCUUGGAACUCUGCAGAACAUUUACCCAUGAUACCUACAACACAGAAUAAAGAUACUAUCCAGACCAUYAUUAUACCGGAACCAGAGAGAAUCCAUCCAAGUAUGAAAGAAGAUGAAGUACAUCAGGUCCCUCAAAGUACAUCAUCAUACAAUCAAACUCCUGUAAAAUGUGUAAAUCUACAGACACCAAACAAGGAGGCUGCAGUUGGUACCCUUUGUAAUAAGUCAAAACCUCCAUGUUCUACAAAAACAACACCCAAACCUAAUAAACAUACUGCAAAAUCAAAGAAAACACCAAGAGUACGCAGUAGACCAAAAACACCACGKGUUGAAGACAAGGAUAGAAAAAGAGAACGAGACCAUCGAAAUUGUGUUGAAAUACGAGAAGCCAUUGAGCAGCUUUGUGGUGUUUUACCUGGCUCACAGAGAUCCUGGAGUAGGCUUCACAUUCUAGACUUCACUGUGGAAUAUAUAAAAGAAAUGAUUGAAAAGUUGGAAGGUUUGGGAGUAUCUCGAUUUGAUGUCUGCAAAGAAACAAUUUCAGAGGAACAAGAGACUCAAGUUGUUACAGACUCACCCACUAUYGAGUGCUUGCAAUCUUCAGAAAAUCUAAAUGAGAGUACUUCAGAAUACUCAACAAGUAAUGGCAAAGUAAAAAGACAAUGGAUAAAACUAUCAGACAUCACUAAGACUAUUGCUGGUAAUGAAUCAUUAACAAUUGAAGAAAAUCCUCAGGAGGAAUUGAUGGGAGAYGUAUUUGUUGUUGAAGUCCCUACUGACUCAGAUAGCAACUCUCUACUAGAUUCAGCUCUUAUCAUGAACAGUAUUCCCGAAGAGGAUGAACUGUUGCCAUCCAGAAGCCAAGUUGGUGUAGUUGAACAGCGCUGCCCACAAGAUGACCAYRAGAGAGCCAUACAUGAAUGCUGUGAACAGCUACUUGAACUUCAGAACCAAUUAGUUCCUGGCACACCAUCUGAUUACAACCAAACAGUACAAGAGAGUGAUGAUACAACAGUACAGAAUAUAGGUGAUCUUACUGUCAGUCCAGACAGAGGUUCAUUUAGUCCUGAAUACUCUGUACUGUCUCAACAUACAAAUGAGGCGCAAUACAUCACAGGACCCUCAUGGACAGGACUUCUUUCAUCCCAAGUCAUCAUUGUACCACAAAUCACUGAUGAAGAGAAUGGUGAUAGAUUUCCUGAUACUAUGAGUCCUUUCAUAGUCCCUUCAUCUCCAGAAGAGGUGUUGCACAUGUUUAGAGGAAUUUCCAAUCCAAUCUCCACUGAAGACCUCUCCCAGUCACCUAAWUCACAAGACAACAGUACAUGUACACCAUGUGGUGUUAUGUCAGAUGAUCCACUCUCCUAUGUAUCACCAUUUGCAACACCAAAACUAGGCUUCUCACCAACAUUUGCUGAGCUCAGUCCUGGUCAUACAGUCUCAGAAAAUGAGUGUUUUCAUCUAGAGAGCCCUAUUCAUAGUGGACCAGUUUGCCAAACAACUGACUUUAGUGAGGUUGGGCUUACAACAAUAGCUGCAUCUAUUGAGGUUGUCAGUACAAUUGAACCUCAAGUAAACUCAAAAACAAAAUCCAGGARAAGACGAACCAAGGUACAACAUGGUUUCACCAGUGAGUCACCCAUCAUUAAUCAAUCAAAAACAUCAUCCAAAAAACUUAAAUCCCAUCCCAAAUCACAAACCAAAUCAGUAAAACAUGAUACAAAGAACACUACACCAUGUUUGAACACAGAUAGACCAACAAGGGAUCCUCUUAAGGACCAAGACAGUUUUAAAACGCCAUCACCAACAAACAGAUGUGGUAAAUUGAAAAGAAUGAAGACUACACUAUCCACUCCUUCUGCUACUAUACCAAGGAAGAAGUCUAGAAAACAACCCAAAGUAAAGAAAUCAGUAUGCAAGAGACAACUCAUCAACUUUAAGUGAACAUUGAUGACCUAAGUAUGGCU